AUGUCAUCUCCGAUUAUAUUCUACGACCUCCCUUCGACCCUGGCGCUGAAUGCGUGGUCCCCGAAUACCUGGAAGGCCCGAUAUGCUUUGAACAUCAAGGGUGUUGCGUACAAGACCGAGUGGGUCGAGUACCCUGACAUCGAAGCUCUUGCGAAAAAAAUUGGGGCGCCAGCUACAGGCGCCAAGGCUGAUGGCAGCCCAUUAUACACCCUCCCCAUCAUUAAUGAUCCCAACACUGGGAAGGUCGUUGCUGACUCCUUCCUUAUCGCCGAAUACCUUGAUACGACUUACCCAAGUGGAACUACCUUGUUUCCCCCCGGCACAAAGCCAUUGAUGGCAGCAUUAGAGGCCGGAGUUACAGGAAGCAUCACAAGCAUUUUCCCUUAUCAGCUCGCCACGAGCUGCUACAUCCUGAAUCCUUCCAGUGAGAAGUACUUCAGAGCCACCAGAGAGGCGACCUAUGGAAAGAAGAUUGAGGAGUUCUCUCCUGCUGGUGCCCAGCGUAACGCUGAUUGGGCCAAGGCCAAGGAAGGCCUCGUUGCUGUAGACGAGUGGCUGUCGAAGAAUGGCAGAGGGAAGUUCGUCAUGGGAAACACUGUCACGUAUGCAGACGGUAUUCUCGGAGCGUGGCUUACCUGGAUUAAAGUUACCAAUGGUGAAAGUAGCGCUUUAUGGAAGGAUUUCGCGAGCUGGCAUGGAGGAAGGUGGGGUACCUACGUUACCAACUUGCAACCCUUUGCGACAGUCUUGUAG